AUGGCUCUUGACAUCCCUCACAAAGGUUCCUACUACGUUCUUCUUCCCGACGGUCGCCUACAGAAGGUCGCUUACACUGUCAACGGCGACUCCGGUUUCGUGGCUGAGGUCAGCUAUGAGGGUGAGGCCCAAUACCCUGAGUACAAGCCUGCUCCUUACCAUCCUGCACCUGCCUACAAACCUGCUCCUUACCAUCCUGCACCUGCCUACAAACCGGCUCCUUACCAUUCUGCACCUGCCUACAAGCCUACACCUGCCUACAAACCUGCCCCUGCCUACGAGCCUGCUCCUACAUACAAGACCACCCCAACCUACGCCUAA